UGUAGGAAUGAGUUUCACUAGAAUAAACCAAACAAUUUUAAGUGAAUCCAAGGAUUUAGUUGCGAUGGAUUCUCGUAUAGAAGAACUGCUUUCUUUCUUAGAGAUAGGAUUGCUUGAUGUUCGUAUCAUAGGGAUUUGGGGGAUGAAGGGAAUUGGCAAGACAACUCUUGCACGAGUAGUUGCUAAAAGAAUACGUGCUCGGUUUGAAGGUUACAGCUAUCUAGCCAAUGUUAGAGAGGCAACUGAAAAGCAAGGUCUAGAACAUUUACAAGAGCAACUUCUUUCAGACUUGCUGAAAAGCAAUGUAAAGAUACAAAAUAUUGAUAUGGAAGAUGUGAUAGGGCAUAGACUACGUAAUAAAAAGGCUCUUAUUAUUGUUGAUGAUGUGGAUGAGGUUGAGCAAGUGGAAGCACUAUGUGAUCGGACUUGGUUUGGUCCAGGGAGUAGAAUCAUCAUAACAUCAACAGAUGAACAUGUGCUACGCAGAUAUGUGGACAAAAUAUAUCAGGUUAAGCUGUUAACUAAUGAUGAAGCUCUUCAGCUCUUUAGUUGGAAAUCCUUUCAAAAACAUCAGGUUGAGGAAAGCUUUCUCAAGCUAUCCAAGGACUUUUUAACAUAUGCUAAGGGCCUUCCAUUAGCUAUUAAAGUUUUGGGUUCAUUCCUUUGCAAUAGGCCACAAAGCGCAUGGUCAAGUGCAUUGGAUAGACUAAAAGAAAAUCCUGAGAAAAAAAUCGUUGAUGUCCUUAAAGUGAGUUUUGAUGGAUUAUCAUUAGAAACAGAAAAAAAAGUUUUUUUGGACAUUGCCUGCUUCUUUAAGGGUGAGAACAAAGAUCGUGUAAUAAGAAUAUUAGAAACUGGUUGUGGCUACCGUCCGGAAAUUGAUAUAGACGUUCUCGUGGAAAAAUCUCUAGUAACUCUAUUUGGAAGAAAUUUGUGGAUGCAUGAUUUGAUACAAGAAUUGGGUUGGGAAAUUGUUCGUCGAGAAUGUCGUGAGAGGCCCGGAGAACGUAGCAGGUUGUGGCUUUCCAAGGAUAUCAUCCCUGUACUUGCAAAUAAUAAGGGAACCAGCGCAAUAGAAAGUUUAAGUACCUCAAUUCUUUGCUGGAGCAUGCUUCAAUUCAUUGAUCUAAGUGAUUCGCAAUAUUUGAUCAUGACCCCAAACUUCAAAGAGGUUCCAAAUCUUGAGACACUGGUGCUUCAAGGUUGUACAAGAUUGGUUGCGGUUCAUCCGUCCGUUGGACUUCUUAAAAAACUUACUUUGCUGAAUAUGAGAUACUGCAAAUCUGUUGAGAGCCUUCCGCCUUUCAUUAGCUUGGAAUCUCUUAAAAGUCUCACUCUGUCCGCCUGUUCAAGCCUCAAGAAGUUUCCCGACAUUGAAGGAAAUAUGGAAAGCUUAUUGGAGCUUAAUCUAGAUGGGACUGCCAUAGAAGAAUUACCUCCAUCAUUUGGACUUUUGACUGGUCUUACUUGUUUGAAUUUAGGCGACUGCAAGGACCUUUUGUAUCUUCCUAGUAGCAUUCAAUAUUUGAGAUCUCUGAAAAGUCUCAUUCUAGCAGGUUGCUCAAAACUUGAUGGCAUACCUGAGAAUCUUAAUUGGUUUGAAUUUCUGGAGAUGCUUGAUCUAAGUGGAACUGCUUUAAGCCAAACAUCAUCCUUUGCAGGUUUAAGUUCUUUGAAAAAUCUAAACUUAAGUGACUGCAAUUUGAUAGAGGGAGCACUUCUUAAUGGUCUUGCAAGCUUAUACUCCUUAGAAAUAUUAAAUUUAAGUGGUAAUAAGUUUGUUCAGCUACCUCAAAGCUUCUCUCAACUCUCAAAGCUUAAACAUCUGGACGUGAGCAAUUGUGGCAGGCUUCAAUUGAUGCCUAAGGAACUUCCAUCAAGUCUUCAACAUGUGAGUGCCCAGGAUUGCACAUCAUUAAUAGACUCCCCAAAUGAGUUCAAAAUGUGGGCUUCACCUGUCUCAGGAACAACUACUUUCAAUUGCUUCAAUUCUUCCCAGAAUCAAGAACUUUCCACCUUGAAUUAUAUACUGUGGGCUGUAAAAUCACGGAGGCACAUUGGUGGUGACAAGAGAUUGGUGUUUUGUGGGAAGCAAGCAUUGUCCAAAUCAAUCAAUUGUUUCCUACGUUAUAGUUUAAAGGAAUGUACAACUUGUAUUGUAUAA